AUGGCGCCCAAAGGCCCAGGGACGAGCAAGCGCAACCCCACCGUCUUGGUAACCGACUCUCGAGACCGCCAAACACGAUAUUUCCCGCCCUCACGUCCAUCUCGCGGCGUCGGUAGUGGUGCAAACGAUCUAGUUUCUAUCGGAGGACCGCCCUCCUCCGGUGCCCGCCUUAUCACCGUUGAUAACGUCCUACAGUACGCGUCCGAUGUGCCCUCUAUGCAGCAGCGUGGUCAGCUAGGACAGCGGAGCCAGCCAGUUGGAAUUAGUUCGUCUCUACGCUCGCGGUCUGGUUCAGAUAGUAGAUCCUCUCUCCGGACCAGUCUAGGCGGUGCGAGCAGCUCCCUUGGUUCCGGUAUGGAUAUCAGACAUAGGACGGGUGGUGGCCGAUUGGCGUCUCUGCCACAGAUACCACCCCGUUCAUCAAAGGUUAGCGAGAAGCUAGUCCUUCUUCCUGAAACUGUAGAGGAAGUCGAAGAAGAGGAUGAAGAUGAAAUGGAACCCGAUGAAGAGGAGGAGGACGAAGUGGCAGAUGAUGAAUCUACACCUUUCAAAAUAAAUGAGAGAUAUGACCACCUACGACGUCUGUCUGCCGCACGCGCAAAACAGCCGGACUUUGCCCAUGAUAAUAUGGCUGCACCUCUUCUUGACGAUGAAGAGACGAUCCGCAAACGUCGUUUCGCAGCGAGUCCUGAGAAGAGCAAAAGUUACGCCGAACGCCUACCCAAGGCUCGAAGAGCGAAGAAGUUACCUCGUGUAACGGCAUAUUGCACUGCACAGGCAUAUAAGAUGAGUGCUACCGCGACUUUUGUCAAGGAACUUCACGAUGCACGCACAAAGUUAUACGACGACUGCUUGUACGCUGCGUAUCAUUUGCCAUUGUUGCCGGGUAGGGACGGAUACAGAGUACGAAGUAGCCCGAUCUUCCGCAGUGCUGAGGGUAAGGUUGUGCUGGAUGAAGAGAUUGCAAGGAAUGAGAGGAGGGAUUAUCAUGAUGAGUAUUUUACGGAGGAGGAGGAGCAUUCUGUUAGAGACCCGGCAGAUCAGGAGAGGCGAGAACGUCGACGCGAGCAGGAGCGUGAACAUGAACAUCACGAUGGCCAUGAGCGGGAUCACGAUCAUGAGCAUGAACAUGAGCACGAAGUCGAGGUCGAGCAUAGGGAGGAACGACAUGAAGAGGAAAGAGAUAGAGAUCCAGUCCGCGGCCACUCAUUCCACGUUGAACAUCACGACGACCACGAACGAUCAUCUGUACCAAAUGGCGAAAUCCAUCAACCCUCCUCUCCAACAGCAGCUCGUAAAUCCAAACCCUCGAUACCCCCUAACGCCCUCUCUUUUGCCGAAAUGUUCAUCUUCAGCUACGGCGUCGUGGUCUUUUGGAAUUUCACCGAGCGCCAGGAAAAAGAAAUCCUGGCAGAUCUCUCCUUCUCUCCUUCACCCAAUGAUCUACCCCUAAACCCCCUGGCUGAAGAAGAUUUCGAGACAGAAGAGUUCCACUUUGAGUAUUCCUCUUCCAUAUCCAGGCCGCGUGUUUACAAUGAUAUGAUCACGCUAAGGUCGGGAGACCAUAUGAUCAAACUUGCCAUUAGCCAUGGUAUAGCACAAAGCACGAAGCUGAGUUUCUUCGAGGAAGGGAUGGCGCGACAGAUGGCAGAUGCGAAAGAUGUGCCGAGACGACUGGCAUUGACGGGCCAUCUGGGUAUGGGGCGGGAAGAAGUCUUCCGUAUCAUGGGCCGACUCUUCAAGUCUCGAGUCGAAGUCAACCUCUCUUCCAACAUGCUUGAUGUCCCCAAUUUCUUCUGGGACAGCGAGCCGACUCUCCACCCCCUGUAUAUCGCUGUGCGCGAAUACCUAGAAAUAAAACCACGCAUCCAAGUCCUCAAUGAAAGAUGUCGUGUAUUCCUCGACCUGAUCGAGAUCCUGUCCGAUUCUAUCGCCGAUAAUAAAAUGUCUAGCCAGACAUGGAUUAUUAUCAUUCUCAUCUUCAUCUCUAUCGUCGUUACUAUGUCUGAGGUUGUGUUGAGAUUUGGCAUUCUCUCAACGAAGAAGGGGGCAGGUAAAGCGUUACUUGCUCAGGGGAAUGGAGAUAGUAUGCCUAUGGGCAUCUGA